AUGUUUAUUUUUUAUUUAUUUACUAUAGCCAAAUUUCAGAGGGUCAUCUAACCUUAAUUAACAAGAAUAAAUGAAUAUAUUUAAUACACAGAAUACAAUCCUAAUGUAGGAUAAACUUUAUUAUUACAAUACAAUAGGUAAUAUGUACAUAGAUAUAAAUAUUUUAGUUAUCCUGGAGUUUAUGAAAUGAAACUUAGUCAAGUUAUAGAUGAUGAAUCUAUUGAAAUGAUUUCAAAUACAACUCUUGAUCCAUUCACUUUACCUGAUUGUUAUCCAUAUUCAAGGAGAUUAGUUUAUUAAGAUCUCUUCAUUGAAACAUUUACAACUAAUUCUACUAACACAUUUUUUACAGCCUUAUUUAUUGAGAAUAACUAUGUAUAUGCUACUCGAAAUGAUAAUCAUUUAAUUGUUAUGGAAAUUGAUUUUGAUGGAGAUACUAUUAAAAAUUUCAAAAAAGUUAAAAUGAUUAAAAUACCAUCUAUUAAACCAGAAAGUGAUACACAUUAAAUUGUAUGUAAUUCUAAUUAUUGUUUAAUCUUUACUUUAUAUGAUGCAUUAUAAGUCAAUCUAAAAAGUGAUUAAUUUACCCAAUUGAAUUUGAAUAAAAAAUAAUCUCCAAAAUAUAUUCAUUAUUGCUAGAAACUAUAAACUCUCUAUGCCGUUUAUGGUAGAGAAGGUAUAGAUGUCUAUUUAUUUGAUAAUAAUGAAACCAUAUAAUAUCUAAUUAGUUUGAAUUUGGAGGGAAACUUUUUGGAAGUAUUGACAAAUGAAGAAAGUACUCAACUCUAUUUGUUAAAUGCCGAUGUGGGAUUGUUAAUUUAUGAUAUAUUUACAAUUAAUCAAUAUGAAGAUACUGGUAUCAUUGUCAGACUAAAAAAUAUUGUUUCUUUUGAUUUUUAUAAAAAGACAUUUAUAUUUGUAGCCAACACUGAUUCAGGUGAUCCAUAUGCUAUUGAAGUAUUCUUAGAAGAUAAUGAUGAUUAUUACUUUAAUAGAAUAUAUUCAAAAGAUAUGGAUAUCUUUGAUGUUUAUAUGGGAGAGCAUUAUGCUAUUCUUAUAGGAUAAGAAAUUCACAGAGUUAUUUAUCAUUCAAUAUACAAUAAAUAUAUAAAUAAAAUUGAUGUUCCAUUAUAUUUUGAAGAUUUUGAUUUAGAAAAUGUGGAGGAAUUCAGAGUCACAAAUAAAAAAGUAUACAAUUAAAAUGCAUUUGAUUUUGAACCAUUUUAAAAGGCUACGAUUUAUUACAAUUAAGCAUUUAUGGUUGGUAUCUCUGAUAAUGAUAUUAAUAUAUUUACCUUAAAGAGUAUAUUUCCAUGGUUAUAAUGCAGGCCACUAUCAACUGACAUCACUGUAAUUUAUUCCUUUUAAUUUAAUAAGCAUUAUUCAUUAAUAAUGAAUUCAACUUAAUGUACUGCAAAAGAAUCAGAAAAUGACUAUUCUCCAUUUUCAUAAUGUGUGAUUUACCACAAUUUCACUGUAUCUGGUAAAGAAAUUCUUUUUUUUGAAGAAGACGAAACUUUAGUUAUCACUAUUGGUAGUGUAUUAGUGUAAAUAUUGAAAAUUUUAUUAUUAGUUGUUUAAUAUUAUUGCUUUUGAUCGUUUUAUUAUGGUGUAGAAAAAAAUUACAUUAGAAAUUAGAAAAUUAUACUAAAAUGAAUGAAAUUCCUGUCAAAGUUGAAGAUAUACCAUUAGAACCAAUGUCUGGAGAGGACGUUCUUGUGUCAUGA